AUGUGUAAUCCAAUAACUAGACAACACUAUAUAUCGAUCUUGAUAAAAUGGAAUAAGGCAGUUUUGCUUUCUAAUAGAACCAAAUAUUUAUUUGGGACUUAUGAGACAGCAGAGGACGCUGCAUUGGCCUAUGACAGGGCGGCUUAUCGUAUUCGGGGCUCGCGUGCAUUGCUGAAUUUUCCGCACAGGAUAAAUUCCGGUGAGCCAGAGCCCGUCCGCAUUACAUCGAAGAGGACUUCCAUGUCGUCGGAUCAGAUUUUGUAUUCGGGAGCAUUGGAAAAUGGGGCACCUAAGAAGCGGAAGAAGGUGGCAGAGGCAGUACCGGUGGUGCAAAAUGGGUGCUGA